UAGUUCCCAAAUAAUGCCGCCGAAAACAAAUACACUUAUUUAUUUCACUGAACAUACAAAAUGAUAUUAGAAUACGUGUUGAAAUACCACCUCCAAGAUUGUAUCAAUAUUCUGACGGAAGAGGACAUAUUAGCAUUCUAUAGUAUAAAAAUUGAUUUUUUAAAGCUGUUCGAGAUAUAUCCUGAUAUAGGCGAUAAAGUACUUUGUAGUCCAGUGGAUAGUCUACCACAAUGCCAUGAAGACAUAAUAAAGGCGCAACAAUAUAUACUGGAACAAAGCGAAUACAAGUCUACCAUCGAAGAGCUCCCUCAUUGCUUUUUGAAGAAAAACGUCCACGCUCGUAUCUUUGGGCUUCCUGUUUGCCCUGAGCUCCAUCGGACAAUAUUUCCGAAAAAUGUGGAUUUGGGUUGCUUUUUAAAAGUUACUGGGACCAUUGUAAGAGUAACUCAAGCUAAAAUGUUGGAAUAUCAACGCAAGUAUGUUUGUGUAAAAUGCAAGUUUGAGAACUGUGUGCAAGCAGAGUUUGAGCACAGGUACGUUCUGAAAGCUCCUUCGAGAUGUGGCAACGAUGAAGCCAGGUGCAAGUGCUCAACGUUCACACAAGUUCACUUAGUCUCCAGGGAGCACUGCAAAGAUUAUCAGGAAAUUAAAAUUCAAGAGCAAGUAAAUAAACUUGGCAUAGGCACUAUACCUGGCUCCAUGUGGGUUGUGCUGGAGGAUGACCUUGUAGACUCCUGCAAACCUGGAGAUGAUGUUCAUAUCUGUGGAACAGUGCGUCGCCGCUGGCGUCCCGCCAUCCUAGCCAAGCAGUCAGAGGUAGAAUUGGUACUACAGGCUAACUACCUUGAGGUUUGCAAUGCCCAGAAGUCAGAGGUCCUAGCUGCUGCUCCCGAUGUCAAAGAGUGCUUUGAUGAGUUCUGGGCAAAGUAUGAAGCUUGUCCUCUGAAGGGCAGAGACCAGAUUUUAAAGACAGUGUGUCCACAGGUAUACGGCUUAUAUUCAGUAAAGCUGGCCUUACUGCUGACCGUACUCACGGGCGCGGCGGGUGCGGCGGACGCGGAAGCGGGGGCGCAGGCGAAAAGCGGGGCGGGAGACGACAGCAUCACGCGCGUGCGCGGUCAGUGCCAUCUGUUGCUGGUGGGAGACCCGGGUACGGGAAAAUCGCAGUUGCUGCGUGCGGGUGCUGCGCUAGCGGCGCGUUCCGUGCUGACCUCGGGCGCCGGCAGCACGCGCGCUGGCCUCACCUGCUCGGCGCUCAGGGAAGGAGGCGAGUGGCAGCUGGAAGCGGGCGCGCUGGUGCUUGCUGACGGGGGAGUGUGCUGUGUAGACGAGCUGGCUCAGCUGAAGCCGCACGACCGCGCCGCCGUGCACGAGGCCAUGGAGCAACAGACAGUGUCCGUGGCCAAGGUAAGCAGCUGGCAGCGGGCGCUGGUGCUCGACGGGGGAGUGUGCUGUGUAGACGAGCUGGCUCAGCUGAAGCCGCACGACCGCGCCGCCGUGCACGAGGCCAUGGAGCAACAGACAGUGUCCGUGGCCAAGGUAAGCAGCUGGCAGCGGGCGCUGGUGCUCGACGGGGGAGUGUGCUGUGUAGACGAGCUGGCUCAGCUGAAGCCGCACGACCGCGCUGCCGUGCACGAGGCCAUGGAGCAACAGACAGUGUCCGUGGCCAAGGUAAGCAGCUGGCAGCGGGCGCUGGUGCUCGACGGGGGAGUGUGCUGUGUAGACGAGCUGGCUCAGCUGAAGCCGCACGACCGCGCCGCCGUGCACGAGGCCAUGGAGCAACAGACAGUGUCCGUGGCCAAGGUAAGCGGCUGGCAGCGGGCGCUGGUGCUCGACGGGGGAGUGUGCUGUGUAGACGAGCUGGCUCAGCUGAAGCCGCACGACCGCGCCGCCGUGCACGAGGCCAUGGAGCAACAGACAGUGUCCGUGGCCAAGGUAAGCAGCUGGCAGCGGGCGCUGGUGCUCGACGGGGGAGUGUGCUGUGUAGACGAGCUGGCUCAGCUGAAGCCGCACGACCGCGCUGCCGUGCACGAGGCCAUGGAGCAACAGACAGUGUCCGUGGCCAAGGUAAGCAGCUGGCAGCGGGCGCUGGUGCUCGACGGGGGAGUGUGCUGUGUAGACGAGCUGGCUCAGCUGAAGCCGCACGACCGCGCCGCCGUGCACGAGGCCAUGGAGCAACAGACAGUGUCCGUGGCCAAGGCAGGGAUCGUGUGCAAGCUGAACACGCGCUGCGCCGUGGUGGCGGCGUGUAACCCGCGCGGCCGAUAUGAGCCCGCCGAGCCGCUGCACCACAACGUGGCGCUGGGGACCCCUCUGCUCAGCAGGUUUGACUUAAUUUUCAUUCUGCUAGACACGAAGAAUAAGGCUUGGGACAAGCUCGUCUCUUCGUAUAUAUUAUUCGGCGGCGCUCAGACCAUUGACAGCAAAAAACAAUGGAGCAUUGAAAAACUGCAGAUGUACAUCGGGCUCGUAGGAGGCGUUCGCACGGAAAUGACAGCGGCGGCCAACACGGUGUUGCGCGCCUACUACAUGUCUCAGCGACGCGCUGCGACGCGAGACCCCUCGCGCACCACCGUGCGCAUGCUGGACAGCCUCGUCAGGCUAUCCCAGGCGCACUGCCGGCUAAUGCGGCGCACUUGCAUCCUGCCGGCGGACGCGGUGACGGCCGCGGCGCUGGUGGACCUGUCCAUGCAGGACUGCGCACUCGCCGACACCACCGACGCGCUGCACGACUCCUUCCACAAGCACCCCGACUUCCACUACCUCUGCACCGCCCGCACGCUCCUCACCAAACUAAACCUCUACGAAAUCUGGCAAAACGAACUCUUGUCCUACGCGAAACUGCUCCAAGUCGAUCAUCAAACUAUAGAACGCGAAAUAGAAAACAAAAGCUCGAAGCUCUUCGAAAAAUUCGACGACGUCUCCGAUGACAAUAUCCCGCUAUCCUCAACUUUAGUCACGAGCUCUUAUUUUAAAAAGAAAAACGAUGACCAUGUGGAUUUUGUUAAUAACGAUACUGACGAUCGACCCGUAUUCGAUAGUAGGGAUAACGUGAAUGUAAAGUUUGCGGCAACUUUGAAAAAACAUGCGGCGCUUAAUAAACUUGAAAGAAAACCACCACUAGUACAGAAAUCAAGGAAAAGGAAGCGGAAAGAAAAUGUAAACAAUCAAAAAUUAGGUAAAAAGAAAAGCGAUAAAUCUGUAAAAAAUCAUGUACUUGAUAGUAUUUCUGAGAGCGAUUCAGAAGAACAAAAUACCACCGUUAAUUUGAAUGGUGUCCCCAGUGUGAAUGAUAUUUUUAAUGAUAUUGGUAUAGAUUUUAACUUUGAUGAUAGUGGAAAAAGUAAUGCAGUAAUAGAAAACAGUAAGAUUUCAGCAGAUGGGAAAGCAGAGUCAAGAGAGGCAGAUGUAGAUAUUAAAGUUAUAGAGAAUAAAAAAGUCAAAUCAAGUGAAUCAUUUGACGAAAACAAAGAGAGUGAAAAAGAUUCUGUCAGUACACUAAAUCCUAAUACGUCGUCAAAUACUCGCAGCAAAUUAAGGCAAUUCCAGUGUGUGGAGAAACAUGAUAUUAGUAAAUAUGAAGAAAAGGUACACGCAAGCAUAGUACACAAAGAAAAUGAAGUAAUUGUUAAAUUGGAGAAUGUGUCUGAUUCAAUACAUAACUCAAGUUAUGCAAGUAAGAAAUCUGUUACAAGUUCUCAAGUGUCUAUAUUUGAAAGCUCGGAUUGUGAUAUAGAUUUAGAUAUAUAAGUAAGUAAAUAAAAAU